AUGGUCAUAAUGGAUAAGCCAAUGGGCCAGUCCGCAGCUAUCGUAUCGUAAGUGUUUGAACGUAUGCUACCAUAGAUUAAGCCGCAUAUCGACUACUGCGCUUGCUCUUCAGCUGUAAAAGCUAAUGUCAAGGUUGGUAAACAUAGGAUGAAUCUAAAGCGAUCAUUCUCCAACUAUUCUCUAACUAUUGUCGUCGCUCGUAACCUAAGCAUGCAUAUGUGAAGGAUGGCAAACUAAUGGUUGGUAUACAGCGAUCGUUUUUCAACUCUCGUAAGGUAUGCAAGGGUAGAUUUCGCCGCAACCCCACUACUGCUGUCACUCUUCAGCCGUGUAAGCCUAGGUCAAGGUUGAUUAACCAUGCCUCGAUCUGCAGCGGUCACAUCUAAACUGUUGGAGACUAUGCUAAUCUAAGUGAGGCAACAUGUGCAUUGCAGAUCAGAUCAAAUUGAGGUCGGAUGAAACAACAAAUAUGUAGGGCCAAAACCUACUCAAAUAGGUAUAGCAAGCAUUAUUUCUAGGCAAUUGAUACUUGGGUGCCCUCUCCCGAUUGUUACCGAACUAUUUAUUGAACCUGCCUCGAAACGUACCAACAACCACACCUAUUAAUUACGUGGAUUCCAGAUGGAUUACUUAAGAUAUCCAGCUUGGACAGUCAGCUUACUGUAUCGCAUCUGGCGGAUUCCAAACGUUACAGCAGGCUGGCCAAAAUGUGGUCAUUUGCAAGGCUUCCAGUGGGGCCUUGCAGUUCAGGUGGCUAGAGGGCUGACCGCACUAAAGUCUUCCCUUGCUAUCGUGGAUUCAAAUCCCACCGAGGUCGUCGAGGUUUUAUCAAAUGAGUCAAAAUAAAUUAUUCUAAAUCAGCCAAAACACCUAUUAAAAACGCUCAGAGCACAUGAUGAUAAAGUUGCCAAAUGAUUUGCCCAAUUUGGGCAACCGGAGAUGGCAGUAAGGAGGGGACCAACUGACUACGUGCUCAUAGUCCCUUGUGCGCUUUGAUUUCCCCUAGAGGAUAAACACCUCAGUUAAGAAGGAGAGUCGAGCACCGAAACACUUUGUUUAUUGUCCUGAGCUUCCAGACUCGCACAGGAAUCCAUCGUCAGAGGUAGCAGCAGCAACAGAACAAACAACAGUUUUAAGGCCUGUAGGCCAAUCAUCGACAGACCGCGCAAGACUGGAAGUGACUGCGCACAGCUCUGUACGCCGGCGCCAGAUCGAUAAAUCGAUUGACCGAGUUCUCAUCCGAGACCCAGGCUUCAAUCAAUUAUAUGCCUGUUUUGUUUCCGACGUGUGUGACUGUUUUGGUGGCUGCAAAGUUAGACUCGUGACCCAUUUUGUAGGUGUGGGCGGCCACUUGUGAUAAUGCGUCGCUUCGUCGCACAGCCAGUUUAUGUUCGUGUGCGCGCGAUCCGAGCAUGCGCCCAGUCUGUCCUGUGUAGUUACAAGGACAAUUUUGACACGGAAUGCCAUAAACUACUCCAGAUUUCUCUUCAGGUUUUAACCGGUCUUUGAUUUUCAUGACCCUGUUGCGCAUGGUGGCUUUGGGGCGGUGUGCAAUUCCAACCCCCACCUCCGCAGCAAUGCGCUCGGACGCUUCUGAAACGCCCUUGAUGUUUGGUAGAGAAUGCCAUAUCGUCGGUGGCGUUGAUGCUCGAGUUUUCUGAUGGUGACCGCGUAGGCAGCGACUUAUGAUUGCCCUUGGAUAGCCAUUUUGCACAAACUGGUCGCGGAGAAAACGGGCCUCACGUGCUCUGUCCUCCGGUUUGCUGCAAUGAGUUUGAAUCCGUUUGAAGAGAGUCUUCUCACAGCUUCGUGUGUGAGCCACCGAAUGGUUACAAUGAAAACUGAGAAGUUGUGUGGUGUUCGUUGCCUUCCUAUAAACCGUCGUUUCUAGUUCACCGUUAAGGUUUCAUCUCACAAGCACAUCCAGGAAGGGCAACGGCUGUUCCUGUUCUCCUUCCCUUGUGAAUUUUAUAUCAAGGAAGACUGCGUUGAGCAGGCUGUGGAAAUGUUGCAGCAUGUCCUUCUUUACGAUGAUGAACUUGUCAUCUACGUAAUGGCGUCAAAUUACCGGUUCAUUUUGGAUGAAGGCAAUAUUUUAUAACUCCUGUAGGACCAGUUCUGCCACUAAACCGGAGACCGGUGAGCCUAUUGAGGUUCCCUUGAUUUGUUCAUAGGUCUCCCCCGCAAAAAGAGAAGAAAGUUUGUUGGCAGAAUUCAAACAUCCUCAUAAGGUUUUCAAUUUUGAGUGCAUUCCAAGUCUCAUCGUACGGCUCUUCAAGUCUCUUGCGCAAGACUUCGCGGGCCAUUUUGGUGGGAUGGGUGUGAACAACGACGUCACAUCGAAGGAGACCAUGAUUUCGUUCGAUUGAAUCCUCCGACCUCGGAGGUCUAUGAGGAAUUGAGAGUCCGAUCGAACUGAGGUAGUCGAAUUGCCUUGGAUGAACUUCAGGUUUUAGUACAUCCACUUUACCAAAUUGUACGUGGGGCUGCCUUUUAGGGCAGCGACUGACCGAACUGAGACAUUUGCUUUAUGGAUUUUUGGCAGACCAUAGAUUCAAGCAAGGGCAAUGUCAGUUGCCUUCAUUUGGUGCCAUUUAUUCUCCGUAAUCAUACUUUUGUGUCGGUAUUCUCUGAGCAGUUUACUAAGCCAUUCUGCCACUGCUUUGGCUUGUGAGUUCUCUGCUGGUCUGUAAAAUUCUCCGUUAUCAAGUAGGGCGUGCGUGAUGAGUUUUCUGAGAAUUAAUUGGGGCACACAUUAUGAUGAUGUAAGAUAAAGGCGCACUAAUACACUCUACAGAACGUUUAGCACAAAUGAAUGGUUGCUUCAAUCCCUACUGAAAAGCAGAGAUAAGUUUCGCAGUUACCGUCUGUGUGCCUAGGCGUUACCAACGUUACCAAAUCUCCAUCUCUGAAGCAGCUUUCCCAAGCUUGGUGGGUGGUUAACAGAAAAAACGUUUUUUUGGCAGGGCCAUUACUUAACAGCCGGAAGUAGAUGUCACUCCAGUGAUUUCCAAAUUGCGCUACUUAUCAGUGGUUGCUAAGUACUGCGGACUGGGUGAUACGUCUGUCGAAGUCGACGCCAGUGUUUUUAAUAAAUUUCGUGACAAUUUACCAACUGCUACCCAUUGCUGCAUAAAAUGGAUAAAGGAUACGGAGGAUAUAGAAAAUUAGGGAUAGGCAGAAUGGCAUUACCGACAAACUCAAGGGAUACUGGAAUGGCCGUUUCUGGCUUAUUAGACAGUCACACGCAGCCCCGAAUUGUGGAACACCCAAGGCUCGAAAUCGUGACCUGCUAGUUAGAAGUCCACGCCUCUAGCCACUGGAUCACGAGCCAGUUGUCCUGUCGGUUUUCGAUCGGGAAUGUACAAUGGUAAGGGACGCUCACCGAUUAGAUAUGUACGAACAAUGGAUGCAGGGACAGCGAGGUGGUUGUCGGUUGUUAUAUGUUGAUGCAUUAAAACAUUUACGCCUGAAAAACGAAUUAACCAACUAUCUAUACUUAUUUUGCCAUUCCCCUAUGCAUACAUAGGCCCCGCCCGUAAAAACUCUAUAACCACCUUUCACGUGGGGUUAGGGGUCCUACACCCGAUCGUUGCCCACACUUAGUCUUAUCGAUUACAAGAAGAAACUUUAAAAAACGUUAGCCCGCAAAAAGAUGAGCAGGUUAUAGAACUAAGGUCUUCCGGAACCAAGUACAGUAGAUGUGCUAACUCAUGAAAUCUCAACCAAAAUUCCGAAAUGCGUUCUCGUUUCGAAAAUAUAAAGUAAGUAGUGUUGUAAAACUAAUCAUGGUGCAGCAUAAAUCUAUAAUGAUCCAGUUACCUCAGGGUGUCGGCUUUCGAAAGAACUUAUUUUCGGCUGCAUGCAAGAUCCAUACUCUGCGAAAAAUGACUACUUACGUAGUAUGCAAUUUUCUCAUUGAUUUUCGAUGUUCUUGAAAAUUCAAUUAUAUUUCCGGAACACAUGCAUAAAAAUAUUCAUUCCUUUAGUUAUUCGGAAGAAAAUCACGUCUUCUUCUAAUUUCAUGCUUAAAAGAAGAGUAUAAUUCGGUUUUAGAAAAGUUUCUAAUUAUGAGAUAUUUUAAUACUGUUAAAUGGCCGUUUAUGAAACGCCAUUUAUCUGCAUUAACGAAUGUGGCUUGUAAAGUUAACAAUAUUGCUCAAAUCCACGACUUAGUUUUAUGAACCUCAUAUGGUCUCCUGUUAACACCGUAGGGAAAUGCAUGGUUUUCCGUGUACGGAGAAUGUACAGCUCGUAGUAUGGAAACCAUGAAUGCAAGUGUAACGGCAGGUCGGGUUCAAAAUUAUUUGGGAAUUAGAAAUGUUUUUUAAAACCGAAAUAUACUCUUCGUUUGAGUGUAAAAUUAGAAGAAGACGUGAGUUUCUUCCGAAUAACUAAAGGAAUGAAUAUUUUUAUGCAUGUUUUCCAGAAAUAUAAUUGAAUUUUCAAGAGCAUCGAAAAUCAAUGAGAAAAUUGCAUACUACGUAAGUAGUCAUUUUUUGCAAAGUAUAGAUCUUGCAUGCAACCGAAAAUAAGUUCUUUCGAAAGCCGACACCCUUAGGUAACUGGAGCAUUUUAGAUUUAUGCUGCAUCAUGAUUAGUUUUACAAUACUACUUAUUUUAUCUUUUCGAAACGAGAACGUAUUUCGGAAUUUUGGUUGAGAUUUCAUGAGUUAGCACGUCUACUGUAAGAGUGACCAUAGGGUCUGUUUACACAAGUGAGUUCCCUACGUCAGUUGUUAAAUUGCCUCUAAGUAGCGCAGUGUCCGAGCUAUUUGUGCGCGAAGAAGUACUCGAAAGGCCGUUUUAGAGUCUGGAGGUGUGAGCUUUACCAAGAAUUAGUCCUGCGACCGAGGAAGAGAGGAUUCAAUUAUUUGCUCUAAACGCCAGUUGGGUAGGUUCCCAACUGAGCUGCAUGUGAUUAAGUGGCAAGCCAGCCCCAGUUCGAAAUACGGUGCUUAUUUAAGGCGAUCACAAGGCUACUCCUAAAGACAGAAACUACAGCAAAAUGUGGAUGAGACCGGUGGCCUUAGCUGGUCAGAGCGAAUGUCAUUCAAGCGGCAAAUGCAGGUAUUACGGACUCCUUCUGCUUGUCGUUUAUAUGCUUGUCUUCUCGACCCUAUCAGAUGAUUAGAUCCGCGGCGCUGUCACGAAAAUAUACGAUAAUUAGUCUUUACUGUCAAUACUUUGGACAUGUUAGGUUUCGCUUUCGUGAGAUCUGCAAGACCAAUCAAACCAUAUUCCCCUUGACCCACCUCAAUGUCAUACGCAUGCAUUAUUAAAACGCCGAGGAACAUCGUAUUCUUGCUGGUGCAUUUCGAGAGAUGGUCGUACAGUGCGUGACCGAUCUCAUGAAACGUUAGCCAGAAUUCUGAAAUGCGUUUCCGAUUAGGAAGGAUUACUUAAAUGGGGUAGUUAUACUGUGUAUCAUGCAGCAAAACCCUAUAACGUUUCGGAUUUGCCAGGAUGUCUGCUUUUGAAUGCACUUCUUUCUGACCUCCUGCAGAAACUAUACUCGGUAAAAAUGACUACUUAAGUGGCAGACAUUUUGUUGCAUUGAUCUUCUCUGCUCUUAUAAAAACAAAUAUAUUUUACAGAAAAUGCGCACAAAAUAUGCCUUCUUUUGCCCAUUUGGAAGGAAAUCACAUUGUCUUCAUAUUUUAUGCCCGGAGAAAGUGUGUAUUUAAGUUAAAAAAAGUUUCCCGAUUCCCGAAUAAUUUUCCGUCUGAUCAGCGUUUAGCAAUUUCAGUCUAUAAGGUGCAUGCUUUCCGCGUAAGGAGAAUCAUACAUUCCUCUAUGCCUAAUAGAAGUUACCAAAUAGAGUACAUGAAAUUUUGCAAUGGGCCUGGACUGGUUUGCAAAUUUCAUGAGAAGCAUUAAUAAGCGGACGUGUGCGGUCGUACAUGCAUGGAUAUCGCACAGUCUUAAAAAUCUCAUAAUGAGAAACUUUUUGAAAAUCUAAAUAUUCACUAUCUUCGAGCAUCAAAUAUAAGGAUUAUGUGAUUUCCUACCAAAUGAACAAAAGAAUGUAUGUUUUUGUGCUUGUUUUUCUGUAAAAUCUAUUUGACGGUAUGUCAUUACCAACAAAGACGAGGGCGACUGAAAUGGCCAUUUUCGGCUUACUAGCCAUCGUCAGUCAGUCAUACCCAACCUCGAAGGGUGCAUCACCCGGGGCUGGCUGACGACGGCUAAUGAGCCAGAAAUGGCUAGUCCAGUCUCCUUUGUCUUUGUCAGUAAUAAGAUACUGCCUAUAGCAUGCGCCCCCGUGCGGUUGCUGGUUGGGUUCAGGAGACAGCCGGUAAGGCCCAAUGGAACGAGUGAGUUCCGUAAGACCACCAAAAAUCAAUAAUAAAAAUGCGUACUACUUAAUUAGUCAUUUUUGCCGACUGUGGUGUCUGCAGGAGUUCAAAAAGAAGUGCAUUAAAACGCCGACAUCCUAGUGAGUCCAAAAUAUUGUAGGGUUUUGCUGCAUGAUAAUCAGUAUAACAACCCCACUUAAGUAAUCCUUCGCAAACGAAGUCCAGAAUUUUGGCUAAAAUUUCAUGAGAUCGGUCACGCACUGUACUCCGUUCGUCUCAGACUCCGUAAGCUGUCAAAUGCCGACUCAGAGCCCUCUCCUGCCUCCGUCACGAAAGCGGAACGCUGUAGACAUAAAUUUCACUCAUGAUCGCGGCCGCGGGCAAGCAUAUUUUCACUUCAAAACUGACAAAAAACGUGUCUCAAGCCAUCUUCAUAGGUGAUGACACGAGGCACUUAAACAAAAGUGCACUCUCUCCCCCUCGAGUGCGGUAAAACCCAGGAAGGCUGAAAAUAAGAGUUGUCAAAGAAAGCAAACCAGGAAGACAGUGUCAACGUUUGUGCCUGAGAAAAGCAACCCGAAUGUCAACGGAUAGAAAAUAACAUUACAGAGACUCGAGACGCCUGGGAGCCUUUGUCAGUAGGUAGAUUCUUCGUUCCGUUAGUUUCGCAAUACUACUGAAGACGGUAUUUCGACACAAGACUGCAUGGUUCCAGAGAAUUUCAAUAAAAUCAGUCACUACCAAUUAGUUGUGUGCUUGAGCGAGCGGACAAUGAAGCAAAGAUCGAUAUGCAUUAAAGGCUGAUCGAUGCUGAGUAAUUGGAAAAAAUCGUCCAGCAACUCGAAGUUAAAAUAAGCUAGUUAUGUGAGGAGUGGGAAGACAGUAAAGGGGUGCAGAGGCCAACCCUUUCGAAAUAAACGUAGGUGGACGAGGAAACGACUUAAAAUAUACAAAUUUGGUAUUCUAACGAGGCUAAGUGGUUUGGCAGUUUUCACGUCCAUUGGGGGUUUAACUGCGACCUCUCCGCCUCCAUGCCCUUUAACUGCGGUGUGGUCCGCUGAUGCCGACUAAUAAACCGGAAUCUGCCGAUUCCUUCUCCUUAUAGGGAACAAUUUUUCUUCCGAGAAAUGCUGUUGUCGUUCUCUGCGUCAGUUCCGGGGAUAGGUUUGUUUGAGUCCGACAGUACAAUCGGGUCAGAGCUGUUGGCGUCAGCCGAUGGGAAAGACAACCCUGAAAACUAUGAUAUGAUGUUUACAAAGCGGUGUGCAGUUGACUGAAUUUUUGGAUUCGCAUGUGGAACACGGACACAAACAGUUACAUGCGUAUAAAUAAGUGGCACGUGCGAGUAUUGUUUCUCGACUCCCCUCCCCGGGAGACGGCUGUACACAGUCCACUUUAUUGAUAUGAAUGGAGCCCCGGCGACCGUAUUCGUCAGGUCUGUUGCUUUUUAUCUUGACUGGUCUGUCUAGCCGGUGCCGUGGAACCUCAGAUGACUUAUUUGGCUUGCGUAUGACGGAGGGCAAAAAUUUAAUGAAGGCAUCUCGCGACUUGGGCGGUGGGUGCUUCUUGUGCCAAUUUCAGCCGGUUGAAUGUAAAACAGAACUUACUGGAGUUUGUCCUAACGGGCGACAUUCCUUGACUGUCUCUGCUUAUCGAACAUCCAGAGGAAUGAAGUUUCUUUUCAAGAUAUUGCAGCUGCCUCUUGCUAUAGCCCUCCCUCCCUUUUCUACAUCUUCAUCGCCAGCAUCACCGCCAGAGUUGCGGCGUCUUCCUGCUUUUCCCCAAUAAUUUCCUCUUCAUCCUCCUUUAUCUACUUCUCCUCCUCCUCCUCUCCCCCCUCUCAUUCCCCUCUCUACUUCCUGUUAUUUUUGUUUUUUUCGUCUGUUUCGGCCUCCGCCUACGCAUCCUCCAUCUUCUCCUUCUCCUCCUCCACCUCCGCCUCCUCCUCCUCCUCCUCCUCCUCCUCCUCCUCCUCCUCCUACUCCUCCCCCCACCUCCCCUUUCUCUUCCCCCUGUCUCCAUUAUCUUCGUCUCUUGUUCCUAAUCUUCCUCUCUAUCACUACUGUAAUCGUCAAAAUGCUUAUCGUCCUCACACGCACCACCAUUGUUCUCUCCUUUUUUCUUCUUCUACUUCUUCAUCGCCUGCACCAUCUUCCUCUCAAUCUCACCCGGAAAUGGCCUCUGUAUCCGAAUCAGGAAGUGGAGACGCAAUUCGGAUUUGUGAUGCUUACCUGCCUCCAAACG